AUGUCUGGAUCAUCAUCAUCAAUCCGUAAGUAUAAUGGAAUUAGCGGUGCGUCAACCGUUUUAUUCAACUCUGACACUUCCAAAUACACAAUCAAAUUUGAUGGAAAAAAAAUUGAAACCACAGACAAAGCCACCAUUGUAGAUCAAUGGGUUCAAGACAUUAAUGUUCUAUAUCCAGCAAAUUCAUCCGUUAUCGUUGCCUUAGAUAUUGAAUGGAAACCGAAUACGCUUCAAUAUUUGCAGUACAGAUCCGCAACACUACAUCUUUGCAUUGAUGACAAGUGCCUUAUCUUGCAACUCUUCCACAUUGACAAAUUGCCUCCUUCUCUCAACAACUUUCUCAAGAACCCUAAUUUCUUUUUUGUGGGGAUUGAGGUUUCUAAAAAAACUUCUAAGAUUAAUGACGGGUAUGGUCUCAUUUUCAAUGGUGUGCGUGCUGAUAUUAAGGAGCUUGCCAUGAAAAAAUGGCCUGGACAAUUUCAGUUCUCGGAUUUGAAGGAUCUCGCUAAGCAACUGGUUGGUUUGAGUAUAAAGAAGCCUAAGCUUGUGAGUUUGAGCGAUUGGAAAGUUAGGGUUUUGAGCAUUGAGCAAGUUGAGUAUGCAUGCAUUGUUGCCUAUGUUUCUUACAAGAUCGGUCACAAGCUUCUCAUGAUGGAUGAUUGA